AUGGCCAUUGACUAUGCGUACGUGGGCGAGCUCCGAGCUCAGCUCGAGGAGGUCGAGAGGCGGUUUGAGCACCUCAAUAUGGAGAAUGAGAUGCUUGCAGACUACCUACUACGAAAUAAGGCCUCCGAGGUGGAAACAGCGGCGUCACCAGGCGGUGGAAAAAAGGCCGGAAAAUCUCCAAAGCAAUCAGCGCUCACGCUCGAGGAAAAAUUUAGGAUAGCGAACGGCGAAGUUGAAACGCUCAACAAAGACAUCGAGACGACGAAAAAGGCUUCAGACCAGAAUCUUGGUACAGAACUAGACUAGUUCGUUGUAGUUAAUAGUUCACACUCGAUUGCUUCAAUGUAUAGCUGAACUUCAACAAGAGUGCAAAUCAUUUCCUGAUUUUGUGGUCAUUGUAGAUCGUGUUAUUUGAGAACCUCUCUAUCAAGCUCAGAUGGAUGUGGAUCAAGAUCAACUAUUAAGGUGAAGCUUAGUUAUGUUGAUUUCGUUGAAGAUAAAACCUGUUCCUCGUUUUUAAACAUCGACGCCUGUAUGUAUUGAACUACACAGAUGUUUUAAAGGCCCUUAUGGAGGAGACGGAUAUAAGGAUAGCCGAGGUAAAGCGGGAUGCGUAUGAAUUCAGAAGGGAUAUAGUGCUCGGCGCCGAAAACCCUAGAACAGGGAAGACGAUGGCUGAGAGGGUACUUGUUUCAAAGAACGAUUAUAUCACAACUUGAUAAAUGUUAAAGUUUGUAUCAUGAUACCAUAAAAGGACACAUAAUGAAUCUUGUUGUAUUGAAUGCUUCAUGUGUAUAUUGCAUAGAUGUCGGGCUCCCUCGGUCUUUUUUUUACACGCUAUCGCACUACGAACACACCCACAGGUUUUGAAAUACCUGGAGGAUAAGCUGACAGCGAAAGAUAUGCUCAUCAACAAAUUGUUGAUGAAAAAUCAAGCCUUAAAAGGCUCUAUAAAGAAGGCCGAGGGCCAACUAAAGUCGAAGGAGGAAGGCGGCGAUGAUCUACAGUAUCAUUUUUCAUGCGAUGACUCUAUCUUAUUACGAGCUGUAGUGUUUAUACAUACACUAAGUAGGUCGCAUGCUCCUCGCAUUGCCAGUAAAAAAAUUUUAGACCUCGACAAAAUGAAGCGCAAUAGACGAGUAGAACCAAUUAGAAUUAUUGACAAAAGCAAAAUGGCAACAAAAAGAGGGGACAUGUGUUUUCUGCCCUGCAUAGUUCACCUUAAAGCCCUUUCCUGGAAACGUCGACAAGCGUACACGCUGCUGAAACAACGUCCUCUACCUGUCUCGUCAGGUACAUCGACUUUCAUCAGUUGCAAAUCGAGAACCAGCAGUUUGUUCUGCGAAUAGAGGAAACAAAUCACGAGCUGAUCCAACUCAAGAGAACAUACGGGCGAACCGUGAGAAUCUAUUUUUUUGUAGUCAACUUCAACAAUAUGGCAUUCUUAUAAAUAUUAUUACCGUUUGUUAUGGCUCUCCUGAGGGAGACAGACAUAAAAUGCGGGAUAAACGAACACCAAAAGCCUACCUCUAAUUCAUUGAAGGCGGUCCAACUAGGAGCGAGAUACUCACUCUUCAGUCGUUUUGCUGAACACAUUGACUUUGGAUCAUAUCAUGACUGAUAUCGAUUCUGUUUUCACCAUUCCCAUCAUUCCGAUUCCUAAACCACUAACUAGGUAAAGAUGCUGAAUACGGUGAAGAAAAAGCUUAGCCAGUUACAAUCCGAGGCAGCUUUCUUUCAGGACGAAACAAAGGAGCAACGGGCCGCCAUCCAGAAAGCCGACCUAGAUCUACAACGUGUCAACGACGAGGGUGACAGAAGCAAAAAAGAAAACAAGAGGAUAAAGGUGAGAUGAUAGUGGACAUCUUCAUGUUCUACUUGCUCUAACUCGUCUAAGUAUUACCAGUACCACUAGCAGGUUGAUUGUUCAUUGAACUCCUCCGAGGGGACUGACAGGAGAUUCCUCCUGGGUACACAACAAUACGGUCAAGUAGUCACAAGAAACGGAACGUGAUGACUGAUGAUACUUGAAUUCCAUUUUCAUCCUCUGUGACGGUGUGCUAACUUCUAUCAGGUCUCCCUGAAAAAUAGCGCAAAUAUGCAGGGCGAGAUGCCACAAGUGCUGGACUAUGUCAACCAGAAAGCAGAAGAAUCGGAGGUUGUAUCGCAGCACAAAAAUUUGGUGAAAAAGCUCGAACUUGCUAACGUUGCGUGGAAGAAGGCAAAGACGGUAGCCCGGCAGAACAACCUACAGAUCUAGAUGAUAAAUAGGUACAACACCGCACCUUUUUUCUCUGCAUGAAAAAGGGUUCUUACAUCGAACAUACAUGAUAGACAUUGUUUGACACCUACUAAAAACCAAAACUCAUGGAAAAAGUGCGAUCGAACAGACGAGGAUGCGCCCCCCUCGUCUGGUUCCAUCUGACACGCCUACAUGAGAAGUAGAAAUUGACUAUUAAUUCCUGACACAUGAUGAAGAAGAUAUAAUCGCGCUGCUCGAAUCCAGCUUAUCUUUAACUGUUCCCAUUAUUCUUAACCACCACUUACUUUCUUAGGAAAUUAUAAAGAAAUAUCGAAAGCAGAACAAUGUUGGCAAUUUUUACCGUAGCUCAAGCGAUCGACGAAGAGAGACGCAGACAACAAGACUUGUUGUAGCGCAAGUCCCAGCUGCUCGCACUAAAACGAGCGUCUUUGAAAUGUAUCUGAUUGUAUCAAUCGUUGCAAUACGAUUACGAGGUUGGUCACCACGAACCGCCUAUGAAAUUAAAUUUUCGUUUUGUGAUCAUGAUGAGUGCCUGAGAACUUGUUCUAGCCAUUCCUGUUGGAACACGGACACGAAUUCUCCUCAGAGAGCCUUAGUGUAACUCCGACGAUCUCUUCAUGUAUGGAAUAAACCAGGACAAACGCUCACUGAUGGGACGGAGCAACGACGAACAACGGUUCUUACAAUAAUGAAGACAGUGAUAUUUAUCGAAAACGAUCAUAUUGAAAAAGGUUUUGAAGUAAAGCAAGAUUUGAUCAUGUUUCAAGCCGCAUCAAAAAUAGGAAAGCUAAGUUGUUCUCCUUCUCGUAUAAGAAGCUCGAAGCUGAGUCGCUGCUUUCGCUGGCGUUUCUUUGCUUAGGCAUGGGUGAGGGGACAUGAUUAUGCCUGCUGGACAGGUAUCAACAAAGUUCAAG